GUAGUCCUCCUCUUAGGGGAUAAGGAGCCAAUAGGGUUUUCUAUUUUCAUUCUCUCUCCCUUUUUGAGAGCUCUUUGAAAAGUCUCUUCUUCUUCCCCUCUCUUGGGUGAAGAAAAGAGAAAAAAAAAAUUUAUAAAAAAAAUCUUUUGUAUUCCAAUUUUUACAUAAUCCUUGUAAUUUUUAGAGAGACAAAAAAGGGGUUUUCUCUGAAAAUGGAUUCAGCUUCUGCUGCUUAUUUGUCAAUGGUGGAUCCUUUCUUGGUUGAAGCUCUUCAAAACCCACGUCAUCGUCUCACCAUUCUACGAAUGGAAUUCGAUAUUCAGAAGUUCUUGCAAAAUUCUGAUUUGCAACAGUUUGAGUUCCCACAUUUCCCUACUUCCUACCUUCGGCUUGCAGCGCACCGUGUUGCUCAACACUAUGGUUUGCAAACUAUGGUCCAGGAUAAUGUGGUGGAUGGUCAGGGAGCCAAAAUUCUGGUGACAAGAAAGCCUGAAAGCAAAUACCCUGCUGUGCGUUUGUCAGACAUCCCACCUAAACAGUCUGACAAUGACAAAUAUGAGAAGAUGAAAAUUGUAAUACGACCAAGGCCUAGUAAAACCUCGUCAAAUGAUGGUGAAUCUGGUCCAAAACGCAGCCCAGUAAGAACUGUGGAAGAGAGAAAAGAGGAGUAUGACAGGGCACGUGCACGUAUUUUUAAUAGUCCUAUUAGCUCGGAGUCAAGAGACACAUUAGCUCGUGUUGCUUCUGACAUCAAGAACAUCAUAGAUGAGAAUGAAUGUUCAAAUAGGUUACUCUUGGAUAUGGAGAAAAGCCUCAGCAGCAGGGAAGGUAGUAGUACUUCAUCUCGAGUUGCCAUCCUUAGGGACAGGGAGAAAGAGUUGAGUGACCCAGAUUAUGACAGGAAUUACGUUAGAUACGUUAAGAGUGUCCCGACUGGUCAGUGCUUUAGCUUGGCACCUUUUGAUGUGCAGAAGUUUCAGCCCCCAUAUGUGCAUUAUGAUGCUGCUUUUCCUCAGAUGAGUCAGCUGCCCAAUGCUCAAGCUUCACCAAACUACAGGAAUCCUGCUCUUGGCCCGUACCAUGCCAUGGGAUUAAAUCAGACCUCCAAUAAUGGAGUAUUCAUGCAGUGGCCAACCCAGAGCAUGAUUUAUGCACAUUCAUAUGAUCAACUUAGGCAUGCUUUCAUUCAGCCCCCUUUCUGUCAGCAACCGCUAAGCUUUGCUUACACCCAGACCCACAGUUAAUGGUCCAGAAUGGUUCAGAGGAUGUUUCCGCUGGGAAUGUAGUUUUUGUUCUCUCUUAGUGUUAUCCUGGUCUAGGUUAAUUGUGAUAGACACUAUUAAACUUGGUGCUGCAUUAGUCCCUUUUGCUUUCAUUUUUUGAAAAUCAGUUCAAGUGGAAGAAUUAAGUACUUUCAGUAUAUUUUGCAGUAAUACUUCAUAUGACAUAUAUGCACUUGCUGUUAUUACCCCCUUAAAAUAUCAGGAAGAUUAUUGUCUUUUA